CAACCACACGCUUCUUGGGUUUAUUUUGAGUACGCCGCUUCCAGUUGACGGCGCUAGCCUAAUCGAUUUAACGAAUUGAAUUUACACCAAUUUCGCUCUAACUUUAACAAAUACCUAUGUUUGUAAGACCUGCAGUUCAACACUAGUUGUUUGUGCUGGAGAAACUUCUACUGCGAACCAGUGGGACCGAUCUAAUGAGCGCUAAUGUCCCAAGUUCUGGAACCCAGGAAUUCGUGUGAUCACUAAAAUGAUGACAAUACAUUUAAUACUACUGUUUUCAUCGGCGUGGUUAGUUAAAGGUCAGCCGGGAAGAUGUGACCAAACACCACUACAGGCUACGGUACUUGAGCCUACGGAAGAUAAUGGCAUUUACCACUUAUACUUGGAGAUACCAAACACAAAUUCAUCCACGCCUAAAACUUAUACUCCGGACCAAACUUAUGUUUUGACAAUCCAAACAACGGAUCUUGCCCGUCCAUUUCGUUGGUUCAUGAUAACUGCUGAAGACCCUGAUGUGGACAACAAUAUCUUCGAGUUCAGCCACAAGAACAUAGAUGUUGGCAGCCUCAAAACUUUGGACGUGGAUAAGUCGCGAUACAGUGAGAGAUGUUCCAUCUCUGUUGAAAAUGCUGACAACUCUGACAAGACUAGAGUGGCGAUUCACUGGGUGUCUCCAAAACAAAGUUCUAGAAACCAAACAGUGCGCAUCCGUGCUAUGGUGGCCGAAAACAAUGAAGUUUGGCACACUGGCGAUAAUUUAACAGUUAUUCUUUAUAAGAAUACUGAUAAAGCACUGGAUAGUCCACCUUUUCCUGUGCUGAAGUACUGCAACCUUUGUAGUGAAGCGAGGUAUGAGGUGAUAUUCUACGGCAAAUGGUCUCGGGUAGCCCACCCUCGCCACUACCCGAGUAAGCCGGAUGAAAACGGUUACUCGCAUAUGGUGGGGUGUUCUCAUGCAUACAACUUCACGCUGUGGAAACAGGGUAUCAAUGCCAGUGAUGGCUUGAAGGUGUUGGCUGAAGAGGGAGAUAGCAGAGUCAUGGAGAGGGAUAUUAUUUCUAAUAUGGCACCAACAACCGGCACAAGAACUCUCAUCCGCGGCAAGAGACGCCACCACCCGUACAUGUCAGACGCCUCCCACGCACUCUUCAGGGUCGACAGGUUCCACCACCUGUUCUCCAUAGCUGUCGGCAUGAGACCAUCCCCGGAUUGGUUCCUGGGCACCUCGCAGUUUGAACUGUGCACGGAUGACGGCUGGGUGGAGGAAGAACAGAUACCUUUGUUUCCUUGGGAUGCUGGCACGAUGGAUGGAGUGUCUUAUGAGUCAGUCAAAACAGUAUCGACGCCUCGUGACAACGUGGAGAGAGUGGAGGUGGGCUCGUUUGACAAGGACUCUCCGUUCUACCAGAUGAACCUGAACGAGCUGAAGCCAUUUGCUCUGCUGAAAGUCAGGAGACUGGACGUCUUCCCCUUGAUAGGGGCUGAGUGUAGUGAGACUGAGGAAGAAGAACCUGAUGAAACACCAGAGGAAGAAGAAGAAGAAGAAGAUGAAAAUGAACCCCAAGAAGAGCCCUUACUAGCUGAAGUGAAACAAGACUUGGGUGAAGACAGAUGCUCCAUCAGUGAAUGGGGUGCCUGGUCUCCCUGUGUCCUGGACAGAGGAAACUGCGGACUUGGAGAGAGGAGUAGGAAACGAUAUCCAUUGCAGGCUAACAUUUAUGGUGGGAAUUAUGAGUAUCAAGAUAAUACACAAGCGCAGCCGAUGAGCAGCAACUGUGAAGAUCAAGAUACUAAGUUAGUUGAAUAUGAGAAUUGUUUCGUCGAUUGUUAUUAGAACGGAUGCAUAAGAAAAGCAACUACAUGAAUA